AUGGAACAGAACAGCAUGUCCUCAACACCAACGGCUCGUGGAUUUCCUCCUUUAAAGCAGGUUUUUGCCAAGAACUAUGAAGACUUUCUUUGCAAGUCGGACUCAUCCUGCGGUGUUAUGCACACCCUACCAAUCAUUCCCGACUGGUUACCAUGCAAAGUCCCGGUUCAAAUCUUCCUAAAUGAAGUUCUUUUGAACGAGAUGAAUGAAGAGAUUAAAAAGAGUAGGAACAUCGGUCCAACCGGAUUUCUUCCGGCCCUUCUGCAGCUGGCAAAUGUGGCAACUCUUCCCGGAAUCGUUGGCUCGUCAAUUGGCCUACCCGACAUCCAUUCUGGGUAUGGCUUUGCGAUCGGAAAUGUUGCUGCAUUUGAUGCAAACGAUCCAGCUGCCAUUGUAUCUCCGGGUGGUGUUGGCUUUGAUAUCAACUGCGGUGUCAGGCUUAUCAGGACAAAUCUGACGAUUGAUGACAUCAAUCCUAUUAAGGAGCAAUUAGCUCGGAGUCUAUUUGAGACGCUUCCAGUGGGAAUUGCAGGAAGCCAACCAAAGGCAUCAUCGAACAUUAAAAUUGACAUCAAAAACCUUAAUGAGAUUUUAUCUACCGGCGUCAACUGGGCCGUUAAAAACGGAUAUGCAUGGCCAGAAGAUUUGGUGACCUGCGAAGAAAACGGAUCUAUCCAGCCAGCAGAUCCAGCUUGCGUUUCCCAGAGGGCCAAGGGAAGGGGAAUUUCGCAACUGGGCUCACUUGGAGCUGGAAAUCAUUAUGCAGAAAUCCAAACAGUCUCAUGCAUUUAUGACGAAAAGGCUGCAAAAGCUAUGGGAAUCUCCAAGAUUGGGCAAGUUUGCAUCAUGGUGCACUGUGGAAGCCGAGGACUUGGGCACGAAAUCGCAUCAAAUUACAUUGACCUAAUGAAGGGAGCCAUGGAGCGAGAUAACAUAUCGAUUCCGGACAGCCAGCUUGCAUGUGCAAGGAUAAAUUCACGGGAAGGCCAGGAAUACAUUCGGGCAAUGAAUGCUGCGGCAAACUAUGCCUAUUGCAACAGAUCGAUCUUGACGUUUUUCAUUAGAAAGGCUUUUGAGAAGCUUUUUCCAGCAAAGACAGCAAGAGAGCUUGAUAUGCAUCUUGUUUAUGAUGUUUCGCAUAAUAUGGCAAAGUUUGAAGAGCAUUCCAUUGGCCAGGGAGAGAACCCUACAGAACUUCGCACACUGCUUGUGCAUAGGAAAGGCGCAACACGAUCCUUCCCGCCGGGCCACCCAUCUCUUCCGGCCAUGUAUUCAGAAAUUGGGCAACCUGUUCUAGUUGGAGGUUCAAUGGGAACCUACAGCUAUGUGCUUACAGGAGGACCAAACGCCAUGGCUUCUUCAUUUGGAUCUACUUGCCAUGGUGCUGGUCGAGCCAAGUCUCGCGUGGAGGCCAAGAAAACACUGUCCAGUCAAGAGAUUUUAUCUCGUCUCCAAAAGGAUGGGAUUACCGUCUGCAUUGCAGAUAUUUCUUCUCUUUCUGAAGAGGCGCCUGAGGCUUAUAAAGAUGUAACAGAAGUGGUGGACACCUGUGAGCUUGCCGGAUUGUCUAUAAAAGCCAUCCAACUGAGGCCCAUUGCUGUCAUAAAAGGCUAA